CCGCUCGCGCUAGAGGACGUUGGUGUCACAGAGGCUCGAACUCGCGUUUCUAUUUCCACUCGCCUGAGACGAGAAGCGACAGAAGGAUGUUCGCCCGCGCCGUGAGACCCGCCGUGAGACCCGCCGCCAGCCUGGCCCGAAGCCUCUCCACCGGCGCGCAGAGCCGCGCCAAGGUGGCGGUGCUCGGCGCGUCCGGCGGCAUCGGCCAGCCGCUGUCGCUGCUCCUGAAGAACAGCCCGCUGGUGAGCCAGCUCUCGCUGUACGACAUCAACCACACCCUCGGCGUGGCGGCGGACCUCAGCCACAUCGAGACCCGGGCCCAGGUCACCGGCUACAUGGGGGCCGAGCAGCUGGACGCCGCCCUGCAGGGCUGCGACGUGGUGGUCAUCCCCGCCGGGGUGCCCCGCAAACCCGGCAUGACCCGCGACGACCUGUUCAACACCAACGCCACCAUCGUCGCCACCUUGGCCGACGCCGUCGCCCGCAACUGCCCCGAGGCCGUGAUCUGCGUCAUCGCGAACCCGGUCAACUCCACCAUCCCGAUCGCCUCCGAGGUCAUGAAGAAGUACGGCGUCUACAACCCCAACAAGGUGUUCGGGGUCACCACGCUGGACAUCGUCAGGGCCAACGCCUUCGUGGCCGACCUCAAAGGCCUGGACCCCGCUCGGGUCAACGUGCCGGUCAUCGGAGGUCACGCCGGGGUCACCAUCAUCCCCCUCAUCUCCCAGUGCUCCCCCAAAGUGGACUUCCCCGCCGAGCAGCUGGCGGCUCUGACCAGCCGGAUCCAGGACGCCGGCACCGAGGUGGUGAAGGCCAAGGCCGGAGCCGGGUCCGCCACCCUCUCCAUGGCCUACGCCGGGGCCCGCUUCACCUUCUCCGUCCUGGACGCCAUGAACGGGAAGGAGGGCGUGGUGGAAUGCGGCUACGUCCGGUCCGAGGAGACGGAGUGCAAGUACUUCUCCACCCCGCUGCUGCUGGGGAAGAACGGCAUCGAGAAGAACCUGGGCCUGGGCCGGCUGACGGCCUACGAGGAGCAGCUGGUGGCCGGCGCCGUGAGCGAGCUCAAGGCCUCCAUCAAGAAGGGCGAGGACUUCGUGGCCAACAGGAAGUGAGGAGAGCCCUCAGGGUCUGCCCAUGUUGAGAAUAACCUUUAACCCCAGUCGUACCAAGGUCACAUGACCCGUGACCUCUGUGCUGACCUGUCUGUAACGUCUUAACGGCUGAGGGCAGCUGCUGUCUCAUGGUGAUGAUGUCAUCACAUUCACACAAUAAACCGCUCGGCUCUGAAAACAAUCAAAA